GGAGGGGCCGAGUGGUUGAGCCCAGCGCUGCGCAGUUGGACGCUUGACUGGGGCGCGAGAGGGCGACGCCAGUCUUGCAGCGCCGAGCAAAAACCAGAACCAGCAGAGCAUCUCCAGGCCUCGUGUUCUGAGGAACCACUCGUGAAAAGGCUGCUCGGGUCCUGUCACUUGACAGGGAGCUCCAGGGCCGGCAGGAUGGGGUCCGCCUGCAUCAAAGUCACCAAGUACUUUCUCUUCCUCUUCAACUUGCUCUUCUUUAUCCUGGGCGGAGUGAUCCUGGGCUUCGGGGUGUGGAUCCUGGCUGACAAGAGCAGUUUCAUCUUUGUCCUACAGACCUCCUCCAGCUUGUUCAGUGUGGGGGCCUACGUCUUCAUCGGCGUGGGGGCCCUCACCAUGCUCAUAGGCUUGCUGGGCUGCAUCGGCGCCGUGAACGAGGUCCGCUGCCUGCUGGGGCUGUACUUUGUCUUCCUCCUCCUGAUCCUCGUCGCCCAGGUGACUGCUGGUGUCCUCUUCUACUUCAACAUGGGCAAGGUGAAGCAGGAGGUGGGCGGCAUCGUGGCCAAGCUCAUCCAGGACUACAAGGACGGCGAGGAGGACAGGCUGCAGCAGGGCUGGGACUACGUGCAGGCGCAGGGCCAGUGCUGUGGCUGGACCAGCCCCUACAACUGGACAGAAAACACUGAGCUCAUGAAUCGCACCACGGUCACCUAUCCCUGCUCCUGCGAGGUCAAGGACGACAACAACAGCAGCCACCUUGUGAGGAAGGGCUUCUGCGAGGAUCCCAGCAGCAACGUGACCCAGAGUGGCAACAAUCCCGAUGACUGGCCCGUGUAUAAGGAUGGCUGCAUGCAGAAGGUGCAGCAGUGGCUGCAGGACAACCUGGGCGUCAUCCUGGGCGUGUGUGUGGGCAUCGCCAUCAUUGAGCUCCUGGGGAUGCUCCUGUCCAUCUGCUUGUGCCGGCACAUCCAUUCCGAAGACUACAGCAAGGUCCCCAAGUACUGAGACAGCUGCCGUCCCCACCUCCCUGCCUGUCCGCCGACCUCGGGGCUCUCCCUGGCUCCCUCCUCCGGGCCUGCCUUCAACUCACCGCCGAGGCCCCUUGUCCAUCCUGUGCUGGCUGGCAAUGAGGGGCCUUCUGGGGCCUGGACCCCACUCCCUGCCUUUCGCCUCCAGCCUUGAGCCCGGCUGUUCUGUGGCUCCUCCGCUCACUGCCCACCAGGGUUCUCUGAGCAGCUCAGAGAACACACCCUCUGCAGCAUGCCUGCACAGGUGGGCUGGGUCUCUACCUGCCUUUGGGGAUGUAUAUAUUAUAUGGGGGAAGUGUAUUAAAAUGGGGGGGAUGUAGAUAAGGUACCCUGGGCUGUCAGGGGACUGCCCACUGCGUGGGUCAACUUCUUUUCCACUAUUAGGCUUAGAUCUUUGGCUUUCACGUUCUCAUGAAAGGUUGUGGGAGAGGGUGGGCUUUACCUGCUGUUGGGGGCAGCACCCCUUCCCCAGGCCUAGCCCGGCCCCACCCAGGCAGCUCAGAUCCGCCGGGGCCGUCCAUGUCCUGGGAGCAAGACCCGGAUGAGCUUGGCCGAAUGGGGUCUGGCCCAGCCCCGGGCUGCUUAGGGAAUCAGGGUGCAUCCUCGGGGUGUGGCACAGAGCUGGCCCUGCAUCCUCGGACUGUCCGGGCGGGAAGGAUGCUGUCCCUUGUCCUUUGCCUCCCGGGGAGUGGGUGGGUGAGGCUGCGCUUUGUAGGGGAGUGGGAAGGGGCUCCGCGCACAGCUCUGUAAAUCAUACUCAAGAUUGGAAGACUAUUAAAGAGAAUUUGUAACAACCUA